GGAUGAAUGUUGGCGUGGCGCACAGCGAGGUGAAUCCCAACACGCGCGUCAUGAGCAGCCGCGGCGUCUGGCUGGCAUACGGGAUCUCUGUGGGGCUCCUGCACGUCGUCCUCCUCAGCAUCCCGUUCUUCAGCAUUCCCGUGGUCUGGACUCUCACCAACGUUAUUCACAACCUGGUCAUGUUCCUGCUGCUGCACGUGGUGAAGGGGACCCCGUUCGAGACGCCCGACCAGGGCGCAGCCCGGCUGCUCACGCACGGGGAGCAGAUGGAUCACGGGGCCCAGUGCACCUCGGCCCGCAAGUUCCUCAGCGUCUCCCCGGUGGUGCUGUGA